GUUCCUUUAGCACGUCGAAAAGGUGCUAGUAGUAGCUCGAGUGGAGCAAGUAGCGUGGGUGCAGUAACUCUAAUGGGUAGCAUCUUUGGAAGUAGCGCAGGAGGAAAGUCCGAAUUGGAAUUAGCCACUGAGAUUAAUUCUCGUUUACAGGCCGUACUCGAAGAUACGCUUUAUAAAAAUAUUACACUCAAAAGCAAUGUUGAUACACUAGGUGAAGAGAUCUCACGGUUGUCUCGCGAAAAUCGACACUUAUCACUUUCAAAAACAACUUAA